AUGAACAAUGAAAAUAAACAAGAGAUGUUACCCUCUGGAGCCCCGUGCUUCAUCAAACCAAACGAUCUCAACACUGAAAAUGAUUUAAGCCACAAGAUUACCGAUGGUUCAAAGAAAAUCCAGGAGACAACUACAAGUAGCGAUCCGUGUGAUGGAGGAGGUUCUUCAUCACAGGCGACUAAAAAGUAUAAGCUCAAAUGGACGCAAGCACUUGAAGAUCAAUUUGAAAAGGCCAUUGAAUUCAUUGGUAUUCAUAAGGUCACGCCUAAGCAGAUUUUAAAUUUCAUGAACCUGAAAUUCCUCACAAAAGCACACAUAGCCAGCAAAUUACAGAAGUACAGAAAAAACUUGAACGCCAAGGAGGAAAGCAUGAAAAGGGAAAGAAUAGCUAUGUACCCGGAAUUUUCAUCAACAGGCGGCUACAUCAACCCACAACACUCGUACAACUACAACACAAGUCUAGACAACAAAAAUCCUUUCAUGGUCCAGCCUGGCUAUGGUCUUGGUCAGUCUAGCUCCAUGAUGAACAACAAUGCUGGUUUACAUGUCUCUCCCAACUACAUGAAUAGUAGACCCGGCUAUAAUUUGAGCCAAUCGGGAUGCAACAUGUUUCCUGGGAGAGGCAAUCUUGCGUUUCAGAAUGGUAUCUUGAGAAGCAUUCCUGGAACAUCUCAAGAUCCUAGUUCUGGACAAUAUGGUACAACAAGCAUUCCUGGAACAUCUCAAGAUCCUAGUUCUGGUACUACGGAUAGUAGUAAUUACGCUGGUGUCAGAAGAGAUGAAUAUGGAAAUUUGGUUGGACCUGGUGGAGUACUACGAGUUAAUGGUAGAGAUAAUGGAUCUUUUAGUGGAAUAAGGGUUCAUGGUGCUGGUAGUGGCUCUCUUCAAGGAUUAAGUAUUCAUGGUAAUGGUCAUGGGUAUCUUGGUGGAAUAAGAGUUCCUGGUACUGGUCAUGGGUCUCUUGGUGGAAUGAAGAUCCAUGGUAAUGAUAAUGGAGUAAGAGUUCAUGAUACUAGUAAUGGUUAUGGCUCUUUUGGUGGAGUACAAGUUCAUGGUACUGGUAAUAGUAAUGGCUCUCUUGAUGGAAUCAUAGGUCAUGGUAGUAGUAACAGCAGUGACUCGCUUAGUGGAAUAAGAGUUCAUGGUACUGAUACUAGCUAUGUAGAUGGGAUAAAUUUUCAUGGUACUAGUAACCAUAAUGACUCUCUUGGUGUAAAUUAUGGCACGAACUGGAACUUCAAUAACAACAACGUGAGUAAACAUGGAAGUUCUACUCCAAUGUUUCCUUCUACAUUGCCAUCGUUCUUAGACAGUAAGGAUCAGUCACAAAACAACUUGGUUGCUCAAAUUGGUGGUGUGGUCCCUGCACUAGACAAUCCAAAUUUUUUUAAUGAUCACCAAUACAACAUCAACGAGGCUUUUCCUAAUACAAAUAACUCUCAGUUUCAUCAGGAUCAGCAGCAUCAAGGUAACCUGACUGGUGUAAAUUUUGAGGCACAUACUGCUUAUCCUCUUGAAGACAUUAGCAGUUGGAGUUUUAGUGACGGUACCAAUAAUGAAAAAAUAUUGAACUCUCCCACUGCUAAUCCGGAGAUGUAUUGUCAUCCUACUCAGGACAUGAACAUUACAAAUCAGGGUAAUAAUCAUGAAGAUAUAUUGAAUUCUGGUGAUGCUAAUCCGGAGAUGUAUUAUAAUCCUACUCAGGACAUGACCAUUACAAAUCAGGAUUAUGCCGUUGAAGAUAUGUUGAACUCUUUGCUCGAUCCUGACAGUAUUGAAAAAGCUCUCCCAGUUUCGCUGACUUGA